AUGUCUGUACAAUCUCACACCAAUUUUAUUGAACGUAAAUGCCAUGUCGGCAUUAGUUUAGUCUCGGGUAUUGGCGGAUAUGCAAUAGAAGUAACCUUACAAACGGAAGAGGGCGCUCAGGGCGGUGCAAGGUACACUGAGGCUCAUGUACUUGUCGAACGUGCACACCCAAGGCAGUAA